GUCUCCUAGGCCUGCUGGUUACAGACGAGAAAAGCUUUGCACGCAUGGUGAGGAAGCCCAUGAUUGGUCUAGAGCUGUGAAAAGCUUGAGCUUCGCGAUGCAACGGUUUGACUCCUUGACGACUCCUCUGUUUCGCGUCAUCACUCUGUUCCCCUCGGUCUUAAAAUUCCUUUGCAAUAUGACCAGGGCAGAUGUGGGUGAUAGCGAAGACCGUGUGUGGUCUCGCAGAUACCUCGAGACCUUCACCAGCAGAUCCAAGCAGGGCGGUCUAAACUUAGCCAAAGCUGCCUUGGUUGGCGACGCCUUGCUGGUCUUGCAGCGCUUUCUUCGCCUGGACGACAGGUCCGAGAGUGAUGUGCUGCUCAAGGCUCGCGAGGCUAUGGAGACCAAGCAGACCUUGAAGCUUUUGUUCAAGGACGAGGGCAUCUUCCACGCAGCCGCCGGCGACACACUCUUGCAGAAAGCACUGGCAGGUCUCCAUUCCUUGGGUCCUCUGCGUUGGUCUGAGGGUUCGCGGGAAGUUGUCGCAUCCGUGGAGCACCCAGACGUGAACGUGCUCAAAGACUUUUCCAGGUCUCUGUAUGACCUGAUGUCUGCCAGCUUCGAGGCCUUCUUCCCCAACCACGACCACGUGAACGCGUUCGCAGCUCUUGACCUGGAGGCAGGCCUCACAUGGCCCGAGCGAAAAAACUUGGUCGAGGUCUUGGCCUCGCACGAAAAGGUCUGCAAAACCCAGCUAUGGCCACUUGGUUGUGUCGAGCAAUUAAAUUAA